AUGCAAUUCGAUACCAGAACAAAAUUUCGCGAACACAAAAGAACUCACAAAAAACAACAAACCCUGGACGACAGUCACUACAGUUACACUUUCGACUCCACAAAAGACGUGUACAACUGCAUAACGUGUGACUACGAAUGUCAUUCGAUAGACGAAAUAAAACAGCACGUUUCUCUACACAAGGACCGUUUUACAUGUUCAACGUGCAAUGUGCAGUUUGAAGAACCUUAUGAAUACGCCACACACGUAAACGUUCACACCGGAAACAUCGAUUUUAAAUGUCCUUUGUGUGACGCAUACCAGACGGCUAGUCGCAACUCUCUCCUUAUUCACAUCAACACGUACCAUUUAAAAAGGUACUAUUAUAGGUGCAACACCUGCGGCAAGGGUUUCAACGAUUGCGUCCAGUUCAAAGAGCACACCAAUAACGUGCAUCAAGGUUUGCGUCCUUUCAAGUGUGUUGUGUGCGGUAAAGACUUCGUCUUCUCCACAUAUCUCCAUACCCAUCAAAUACGUAAUCACAAAGUCAUUAUCGACGGAAUUAUCGGUACAAAUCAGUGUUACAUUUGCCUCAGACGUUGUGCGAACCUGCGCACCUUACAAAGACACAUUAAAAAACAUGAAAACCGAGUGAAUCUGAAGAGGAACGAAAAGAGACACUUGUGUGACAUAUGUGGCAAAAGGUACGACGUCAAGGCGAAACUGGAUACCCAUUAUCGUACGCAUACAGGAGAGAAACCUUUUGCAUGUUCGUACUGCCCGAAAAGCUUUACCAAACGCGAAUAUUUGACAAUGCAUGAAAGGGUUCAUAGUGGUGAGAAACCCUACGCUUGGUUCAUAUACGAGGUCACACCGGAGAACGACCUUACAUUUGCCACAUUUGCAACACCGGAUUCACGUCCCGAGGGGCUUUAA